UAAAAGCACCAAGAGCAAAAUACACAAUAGUAGGAGAAGCUAUUCGACAUGUCAUCCCCGGACAUAUGCAAUGCUCCAUCGGAUGUGGAGGAGAAACCUGCAAGUAUGACAACCCAACUUACUGGAGUGAGGAUCAACAGGCCAUAAAAGGCCUCUACUCAUCAUGGAUUACUGACCAUCUCCUUGCCAUGUCCAGGCCCUCAACGGAAAUUAUCGAAAAGUAUAACAUAGUUGAUCAGUUCAAAAGGAGCGGUAUUAAAACCGUGAUCAAUCUACAGAUACCCGGAGAGCAUGCAAGCUGUGGAAAACCUCUGGAGCCGGAGAGUGGGUUUUCAUACCGCCCAGAGGUCUUCAUGGAGAACAACAUUUAUUUCUACAAUUUUGGCUGGAGUGACUAUGGAGUGGCCAAUCUCACCACCAUCCUGGACAUGGUGAAGGUGAUGGCCUUUGCUCUGCAGGAGGGAAAGAUUGCAGUCCAUUGUCAUGCCGGUCUUGGCAGAACAGGUGUGCUGUUGGCCUCAUUCUUGGCCUAUGCCACCAGACUGACAGCUAACCAGGCUAUUUUGUAUGUCCGUGCCAAACGGCCGAAUUCCAUCCAGACCCGAGGUCAGCUGCGUUGCGUCAGAGAUUUUGUUCAGUUCCUUGUCCCUUUGAGGAGCGUGUUUUCCUGCGCCCGGCCGAGAUCCAACCCCCUCACGCUGUCCCAGUACCUGAACCGCCAGAGACACAUUCUGCAUGGCUCCGAGAGGAAGGAGCUGAGGCACCUGCCCAAGAUAGUGCAGCUCGUGUGUAAGCUGCUGCUGGACAUCGCAGAGAAUCGGCAGGUGAUUGAGGAGGACAUUCUGGAAGCUCCUGAUAUUCAAGACAUAGAAAUGACCCUCAGUGUCAUCGAGCAAAUGGAGCCGGAUUUACUUGAUAAUAAGCCCCGCUUGCCUGGCUCGCUCACCUUACCCAGGCAUUUCAAUGAGCCCCCCAUCUUCUACCAUCGCAAGAGUCUGAGCUACAGUGAGUCUGACUUGAGGCGCCUGGGCUCACAGUUAAACCUCCUAACACAACCUAUGGCCUCAAUGUCCAAGUCUGACGUCAUUCUCCCGGCAUCCCUGAGUCGAGUUCAGAAGAGCAACGUCUCCGAAGUGUCUACCAGCUCCACGGGCUCCCUCUGGCAAGUCAAAAACGAGGAAGGACAAAAAGAUGGGACAUUUGUUGUGAAGAAACUGAAGAAGAAACCAAUUCAGCGAAGCGAGUCAUUUGGAAAUCAGACCAACCAGAAGGAUAGCAUGCUGUCCAGAUGGAAGGCAAAGCAGCGAGAAGAGCUGGGAGUCAACGGAACAUUGUCUAAAGGGAGAGAGGACGAGCAGUCGGAGGUUCCCUGCAUCACUCUGCAGUCCGAGCUGUCCCUGGACGCCCGGAGGCUGCUUGUGGCACAGGCAUUGGCAGUGGACCUUUUUAUUGAUGGAGAAGAAGAGCACAAGACCAAAGUGUUGGCCUGGCAGACAGAGCUGAAUCAAGGCGGUGCCUGGGAGAGGCUGUGCAUGGAGCGAGACCCCUUCAUCUUGACCGGACUCAUGUGGGCAUGGUUGGAGCAACUGAAGGAGCCGGUCAUCUCUGUCCAAGAUGCCCAGGCCCUAAGCCCCUACGAGACCGAUGCUAAAACUGUUCUGGACACGCUUGGCCAGGCCCCAAAAGAAACGUUGAGCUGCAUACUGAAUUGCAUGGCUAAGAUGGCGACUAUAUCAAAAGAGGUCGAAGAUGCAUUCCUGCAUCGCACCAUCAAGGCUUUCACGUGGAUGGACAUCAGUUCUGAGGAUGGGAGCAAAGUGUACGAGUCCAUGAGCACAGUCCUGAGGUGUGUGCUUGGUGAUAUGAAGUCUAUGAGCAGCAGCCUGGAGGACGCCUCAUCUCCCUAA